AUGGACGAUUACGAAGUAAGGAGGAACACAUGGGAGGCGACGAUACCGAUUGAAUUCAAACUGGGACCUGAUAUUGUACAUUCUGUUAAGCCUGCAUUUGUGAGUUUGUUACCUAAAAUUACUUUUUAUUACAGUUUUGUGUUUUUUUUGGUUUUUAUUAGGUACUGUAAUAUAAUUUUAGUUGAUGUUGAAACGGGUCGAGUAUUUUCCUCUAGUCAUUAACAAAGUUUUACAAAAUUUCACAAACAUUAGUAGUACUGUAAGAGAAACGGAAGACAUAUGGUUGGAAUGUAAUGGUCAACCUUUAAAGUGGUAAGCCUUUGAGCAUAUUAUCUGUUGUAGUUUAUAUUCUUAAAGAAUAAUGAUCUGGCAAAUACCUUGAUACCAAAUUAUUUGUAAAUUAAUAUUGAAUUGUAAGCUAAUUAAUUUCAAAGUUUUCAAAUUGUUAUACAUGACUUUACUUGUUUUAGGCAUUAUCCUAUAGGAGUCUUAUACGAUUUACACUCAGGACCCGAGCAGUUGCCAUGGUCAGUUACUGUUAGGCUAAAGGUAAGUUAUAUUGAUCUAUUUCUGACAAUAUAUAAUUGAAAAUGGAUUUUUUCAAUUGUUAAUGAUUAUAACAUGUUGUUUUAGGCAUUUCCAGACGAAUUAGUGCGCAAAGAAGAAAUGAGAAAUUUGUUUUUACAAAAUGUGAAAGAAGCUGACCAGCUGAAGCACCGAGGUAACAUAAUAUCGGAUAUGAAGGCCGAAGAACAUAACAAACUCUUCGAGUCGAUAGCUCAAGGUAAUUUUAGGUUUGAAGUUAUUAGAUAGUAUAGUAAUGUCAAUUUUGGAAGUAUCAGCUAGUUUUGAGUUAAGCAAAAACCAAAACUAUGGUUAUUGAGCUUUUCUUUGAGACAUAGAUUGCAUUUUUUGAAAUGUUAAAGUUUUAAAAUAUUUUUAACAAAAAUUGAUCUUUUUAUGAUUAUUGCUGUCCAUCUGUUAAAAAAUUUUUUUACGUGAAACAUUGCCCAUAUGGUUAUUUCUCACCUUUCUAUAGAAAAAUAUGAAUUAUAUUACCUUUUGAUGAUUUGAAAGGCAUAUGUUAAGUUGGUUAUCACAUCUGGUCAAAAUGGUCAAUUUGUUUUUAUUGGCUUACUGUAUCUUUUUUUAUCUUUUUGUGAAAUUUAAAAAUUUAAUUUCUUAAAUUUGUUUUUUCAAAAUUUUCAAGACAGAAGUUAAUAGUGUUAUAAUAGGUACAGUCUACUUAUAUUAUUUUAUCAUAUCUAUGUCAAGUUUAUAUUAAAUUUACAUUGUGUUAGGUUAAGCUUUAUAAAAAAUAACUUUCAGGAAGGUUUGAUGAUUUUUGGUCGAUAAAUUCAAAGCUCAUGGACGAGAAUAUUAUCAACGUACCUAUCAAAGUUUAUUUUGUACGUUUUUACAUUUUUUAAGGCGCUAGGGCAAAUGCGGUUUUUGGACGCUUGCGGAUUUUUUAAAGGGGGUGGGGGUUUUUGUUUAGUUAAUUUAGUGAGUAGUAUGGUACUAAAUGGUACUAAAGUUUAAAUUGGUACAGUUUUAAUGUUUUUUAGUGCUAAAUAGUACUAAAUUUUAAAUUGCUAAUGUUUUAUAUUUUUUGGUACUAAAUGGUACUAAAAGCCCAAAAUGGUACUAUUAUGUGAAAACCGUACCAACUUAAAUUUUAGUACCAUACUACAACUAAAUUAACUGAAAAAUUUUAAAAAAACCCUUUAAAAAAUCUGCAAUUGUCAAAAAACCGAAGAUCCGCAAAUGUCCAGAAACCGCAUUUGUCCUAGCGCCAUUUUUUAAUUUUAAAUUAUUUUUGGUCAAGAAGUGAGAAGAAAAACGAUUUUUAAAAACAUUGUAUUUUAGCCAAGGCAAAUCAUGAAACAACUUCUAAUCGGUCUCAAAAACGACGAAAACGAAGAUAAUACUCUAGAGAAGGUGCUCGAAUUGGACAAAGAAUAUAAUGUCAUUUCUCAUGGAGUACCUCUGCCAUUACAAACACCUCUGCUUUGGUUGGCCAGAAACAUGGCCUACCCAGACAAUUUCAUACAUAUUAUUGUUAAGGAUAAAUAA